CCUUGAAAAAAAAACUUCUUAGACCACGAAGUCCAUAUUUGCUCCGGUAGAACGAGCUAUAUUGACGAUCCUCGUCCAAUCCAUGCAGGAUCAAGCGUGGAGUGCUGGCAGCGGCCAAAUUGUGGCCAGUCCGUACAAUUGGCCUCACGAUGCGUCGCUGAGUCCACAGACCACUGCGCUGGUUGUCAUUGACAUGCAACGAGACUUCUGUGAGAAAGGAGGAUACUUCGACUGUCAAGGCUAUGAUGUGUCCGACGCCAGAGCCAUAAUCCCAGUCCUCCAAGACCUGCUGGACGCGGCACGCAAAUCAUCAUUGCCAGUAUUCUUCACACGGGAAGGCCACAGACCCGACCUUUCCACGCUCUCCAGCCGGGAGAGAUUUCGAUCCCGAAACAAUCCCAAGCACCUCGGUAUCGGCGACAAAGGCCCGCUUGGAAGAUUCCUCGUUCGAGGCGAGCCCGGCCACGAUGUGAUACCAGAGCUGAAACCUCUUCCAACGGAAGUGGUCAUCGACAAGCCUGGACGUGGAUCAUUCGCUCAUACCGACUUCGAGCAUAUUCUCCGUCUUCAAGGGAUCAAGAAUCUGAUCCUUACGGGAGUCACGACAGACGUUUGCGUUUCCAGCACGAUGCGUGAAGCGAAUGAUCGUGGGUUCGACUGUGUUGUGCUCGAAGAUGCGACGGCCGCUGCAACUCCAGGCUUGCGUCGUUUCGCACUGGAAUCAGUGAAAAUGGAGGGCGGGAUCUUCGGUGCCGUGGCGGCCUCCGCCGACUUCAUCAAGGUGUUCAUUCCAGGAUGAUUAUUAGAUGUCAUUACAUUCAUUUGCUCCAAGCGUCGAUAGCAGCGAUACUGCCUGGGACGCAUAAUACGAGACAUCAGGUUGAGCGUG